UUGGUGUUGCUGGCCCGGGCGCUAACGAGCUCCCACCGCCCCGCGGGCUCUGGGAAGAGCCGUCUUGUCCCACGGCGCCAGUCUGGUAUCCUGGAGAGAGGAUGCGGUAGCGUGGGGUGAAUGCAGCUGGCUGGCACGGGACCUGUGGAGGCGAUGGAGCCGCUCCCCGAACUCUACUCCAUCUUCCAGGGCGAGGUUGCUGCAGUGACAGAUUAUGGGGCAUUUAUCAAAAUCCCAGGCUGCAGGAAACAAGGCCUUGUCCACAGGACUCACAUGUCCUCCUGCCGUGUGGACAAACCCUCUGAGAUUGUUGAUGUUGGGGACAAAGUCUGGGUGAAGCUCAUUGGGAAGGAGAUGAAGGAUGACAAGCUGAAGCUCUCCCUCUCCAUGAAGGUUGUUCACCAAGGCACAGGGAAAGACCUGGACCCCAACAACGUUUCCCUUGAUCAGGAUGAGAGGAAGAAACGAACCUUCAGGGACUACACGAGCCAGAAGAUCACCCUGGAGGCCGUCCUGAAUACAGUGUGCAAGAAAUGUGGCUGCAAAGGUCACUUUGCCAAGGAGUGUUUCAUGCAGCCUGGAGGAACCAAAUACAGCCUCAUUCCAGAGGAGGAGGAGGAAGAGGAGGGAGCAGCAGCAGGACCUGAAGGGGAUAAAAGGAUCAGCCAGGCUGAGGAGUCUUCAAAAAAGAGGAAAAAGGAGAAGAAGAAAAAGAAGAAGCACAAGGCCAAGCAGUGCUCGGAGUCAGACUCAGACAGCUCAGCCUCGGACAGUGAUGGAGCUCAGCCCUCCAGCAAGAGGCCCAAGCACUCAGGGAAAGCCAGCAGGGCUCCCAAAAAGAAGAAGAAGAAGAAGCACAAGAAGUAGCCCUGGGAUGAG